AAGCACCUCCGUGCCGAGGCUGACGACAGCGCGGCCGAGAAUCGCCCGGUCAAGAAAUCCAAGGUUACCGGCGCCGGUGACGAUGCCGAAAAGGCGCGUCUGAAGAAGGACAAGAAGGAGAAGAAGAAAGAGAAGAAAGACAAGAAGAGAAAGGUGGAGGAGUCCAAGUCUACCGAGGAUGAGGACGUGAAUGACGCACCCGCAGAGGAGAGCGCCGACGCAGAGAGCAAGAAGGAAAAGAAGAAGUCAAAGAAGGAUAAGAAAGAGAAGAAGGACAAGAAGUCCAAGCAGUCUCAGGAUGAAGAUGAAAGCGCUCAACAGGCUACAGAGGAACAGUCCGAGAGCAUGGACACCAACGGCAAGACGUCCGAAGAAUCCUCCAACGGUCGCGAAUACGUCCAGACGAUGAGCCUGUCCAACGUUCCGCAAUCCGAAAUCGACGAGUACUUUUCCAAGAACGAGAUUGUCAUCACUGACCCCCGAAACACCACUGGCAAGCUGCGACCUGUCACCGAGUUCCACCACCUGCCUUCUACCAACUUGCUGGAGAAGAAGCCGUCGCCGUUUGCUAGCUACAAAGCCCCUACCCCCAUCCAGGCUGCUUCGUGGCCAUCUACGCUUUCAGGGCGUGAUGUCGUCGGUGUUGCUGAGACGGGUUCCGGCAAGACUAUGGCUUUUGCUCUCCCUUGUGUUGAGUCCAUUUCUCUCAUUAACAAGAAGGGCGUCAAGGCCGUUGUUGUUUCGCCCACCCGAGAGCUGGCUAUGCAGACUCAUGAGCAAUUGGCUCGUCUGGCUUCCCAGCUCAGACUCAAGUGCGUCUGUCUCUACGGUGGUGCCUCCAAGGAUGAUCAGCGAGCGCUACUCCAGAAGGGUGCUGACAUCAUUGUCGCUACUCCUGGUCGAUUGAAGGACUUCAUGUCCGAUGAGACCGUCGACCUGAGCGGCUGCCGAUUUGCCGUCUUGGACGAGGCCGAUCGUAUGCUGGACAAGGGUUUCGAGGAGGAUAUCAAGAUGAUUCUUGGUGCCUGCCCUCCCCGGGAGGAGCGACAGACGCUCAUGUUUACUGCCACAUGGCCCAUGUCCGUUCAAAGCCUGGCGUCCACCUUCAUGGUUGAUCCAGUCAAGAUCACCAUCGGAUCCCGUGGCAAGGAGACUGAGAACGGCUCCGUUGAGCUCCAGGCUAACACGCGCAUCUCGCAGAAGGUCGAGGUUAUGGAUGGCAAGGACAAGGAAUUCCGACUUUUGCAAAUCAUCAAGCAACACCAGCAGGGCAAGCAAAAGGAUGACCGUAUCUUGGUCUUCUGCCUGUACAAGAAGGAGGCAACCCGUGUCGAGAGCUUCCUCAGCCGCAAGGGCGUUCGCGUCGGUGGCAUUCACGGUGACUUGAAACAGGAGCAGCGAACAAGAAGUUUGGAGGCCUUCAAGACUGGCAAGACACCAGUCUUGGUCGCUACGGAUGUGGCUGCUCGAGGAUUGGAUAUCCCCGAAGUUAAGCUGGUCAUCAACGUUACUUUCCCUCUGACCAUUGAGGAUUACGUUCACCGUAUUGGACGAACAGGCAGAGCCGGCAAGACCGGUGAGGCCAUCACAAUGUUUACUGUUCAAGACAAGGCGCACUCCGGAUCUCUCAUCAACAUCCUCAAGGGCGCUAACCAGCCUGUUCCCGAUGAGCUGAUGAAGUUUGGCACCGUUGUCAAGAAGAAGACGCACGACAUGUACGGCGGCUUCUUCAAGGACGUCGAUCCGAACCAAAAGGCAACAAAGAUUACAUUCGACUAAUAUAAAAGCAUGGGUAUGUUUUGCACGGGAAAUGGGUCUCUUUUACUCUCUUCUUUCUUUUUUGUGUUACUUUGUUACUACUCGCGUUUGCUUGCUUUGCGACCUCGGAUAGACUGGAAGCAUUCGAGAAGAAACUUGCGCUCUAGAAAUACACUACAGCACCAUGUUAGACGACUGUGUAUCUUGAAGAGAGAAAAAAGCAUAGCAUGUAGAAAUGCAUCGACGUACAUUAGAAGUAGUAAUGGAAUGGCAGAGCCAGCAAUCUUGAUCAGCGUUGC